UCGCACCCAAGUAAUUCUACGUAAGUAUAAAAUAGGCAAAUGUAAUAGUGAAGUUCUUGAAAGAAGAUUGGAUAAUAUAGGCAGGCUAUACGAGUGCUUCAAGCAUUUCAUUAAAAACUUCUGUUGAGAAAAAAAAGACGCUAGGCUUUAUUUGAAGAUCAGGCGGGAUAUUAUAGUGCAGAUCAAGUACACACACCUAGUCGCCAGAAACGGAAGUAAACAUUCAUCACGUUAAUGUCGGAGGGUAAUUCGGUCGGAUCCACUCCGACUGCUUCCGCCGCCAAGACAACGCUCGAGGGUUACCAAGGGUACCGCUCCGUCGGCAAACGCUGCUCAGAUCGCCUGCAGCCCAUGGGGAGUUCCUAUCACGGAAACAUGGCAGACUACCUGAUCACAGGCGGAGCAGGGUAUGUUCCCGACGACGGAUUAACUGGAGCCCAACUUUUCUCACACGGCGAUGGAUUCACGUACAAUGAUUUCUUGAUACUGCCUGGCUUUAUAGAUUUUGCUUCAAGUGAAGUGGACCUGACAUCAGCUCUUACCAAGAAAAUCACUCUCCGAGCACCACUUGUUUCAUCACCCAUGGAUACCGUCACAGAGUCCCAGAUGGCUAUAGCAAUGGCUCUCUGUGGCGGGGUAGGGGUCAUUCAUCACAACUGUGCAAUUGAAUUCCAGUGCAAUGAAGUCCGUAAAGUUAAGAAAUAUGAACAAGGUUUUAUAGUUGAUCCCGUCGUCAUGUCGCCAAAGAACACUGUGAAAGAUGUCAUGGAGGCUAAGAAGCACUAUGGCUUCUCUGGGAUUCCGAUCACCGUGAACGGCCACAUGGGCGAGAAGCUUGUCGGCCUCGUAACUCAGCGGGACAUAGACUUCCUGUCAUCUGAAGAUCAGAAAAUAACCGUCUCAGAGGUGAUGACACCGUUCAGUGAGCUAGUAUGUGCAUCUGCUGGGGUCACCUUGAAGGAAGCCAACCAAAUUCUACAGAAAAGCAAGAAAGGAAAGUUGCCUAUCGUCAAUGAUAAUGGUGAAUUGGUGGCACUGAUUGCCAGGACCGACACGAAGAAGAAUCGUGAGUACCCGCUUGCCUCCAAGGACGAGAAAAAACAGCUUCUCGUGGGGGCUGCAGUGAGCACGCAUGAGUCGGAUAAACCUCGGGUAGAGGCACUCAUUAACGCUGGCGCAGAUUUCAUUGUUAUUGACUCCUCUCAAGGGAACUCUGUCUACCAGAUUGAGUUGAUAAAGUGGCUGAAACACACAUACCAAGAGAUUCAAAUUAUUGGCGGCAAUGUUGUCACAGCUGCCCAAGCCAAGAACCUGAUUGAUGCAGGAGUGGACGGGCUCAGGGUCGGGAUGGGCAGUGGAUCCAUAUGCAUCACUCAGGAGGUGAUGGCAGUAGGUCGUCCCCAGGCCACGGCGGUGUACAAGGUGGCGGAGUACGCACGCAGGUUUGGUGUGCCGGUCAUUGCAGAUGGAGGCAUAUCCACUGUGGGACACAUCAUCAAGGCACUAUCACUGGGGGCUUCUACAGCUAUGAUGGGAUCUAUGCUGGCUGGGACUACGGAGGCACCGGGCGAGUAUUUCUUUGCGGACGGUGUUCGUCUGAAGAAGUAUCGGGGCAUGGGCUCCCUGGACGCCAUGGAGAAGCACAGAGCCAGUCAGAGCAGAUACUUCAGUGAGAGUGACAAGCUAAAGGUGGCCCAGGGUGUCAGUGGGUCCAUACAGGACAAGGGCUCCAUCCACAAGUUUGUGCCCUACCUGAUUUCUGGGGUGCAACACGGGUGCCAAGACAUUGGCUCCAAGAGUCUUUCACAUCUACGGUCCAUGAUGUACUCUGGAGAGCUGAAGUUUGAGCGCAGAACAACGUCAGCACAGAUUGAAGGAGGAGUUCAUAACCUUCACUCAGUGUUACGUCUCUAAUAGAUUGAUUGGUAUGAAAAGCGACUGUACUAGUGAGAAAGGACACGGAACAGCGUGCUAAGCGGAUGUGCAAUUUUCACCGAUCAACACGACCAACCCGUAGGUUCCCGAUGGGCAGCCAGGAUCAAGUGUUCAGACAGAACAUCACUCCUUCAUGCCAUUUACUCUUUUUGUAUUGGCACCUGCUUUAAUGCAUAUACACUCGCAAUACUUUGUUCUUCUGAAAUAGUUGAGUUUUAAGACUAUUUAUGUUUUGUAAUAAAGUUUUGUAAGUAGCAGGUUUGUUGGUAAAAAAAUAAUCAAGCAUUGAAAGUAAGUUUGAAAUUGGAAUUGAGCAUUAACCGAAAAAAUAAAAAAAUCAUUAUCAGAACCAUCAUGUGGUAAAAUUCCUGGCCAUAUUGGACCAAUUUUCACUCUUUACAACGCCAGCUGUGUUCAUUCCACAAGUACUGAUGCUUUUCAACAUUCGAUUAAAAAAGUGUGUUUUGAAACUUUAGUGUGACGUUACUCUUGCUUUUCAACAUUUGGUUAAAAAAGUGUGUUGUUAAUUAUAAGUGUGACAUGCAAGCAAAUACUCAGUUUUCUUUUAAAGUUUAUUGCCCAAUAAAUGAAACAAGCGAAUACUGAGCUUUCUUUUAAAGUUGAUUGCAAAAUAAAUGACAAAAUUAAGAGUUAUGCCACAUGAAUAUGUUGCACAAUAUAUAUAUCCACACGUAGAAUUUAUAGGAUCUGAAUUUGAAUUGUUCAUAUUGUGUUUUAAAUGUACACUUUCAUUCAUUUGCAAAAGUAAAGAGUAUUCAGAGAUUUCUUCGUGGCUUUGACUAAAAAACCUUGGCCAUCUAGACAGGCAUGUUUUUUUGAAUUGCCUGUCUGAAAAAAAAAUUGCCGGAAUAAAAAUGACAUGUACAUGUUAAUAGGUCAGUAUUUCUUUUCUCGUCAGGAUUGAUGCUUUCAGAAAACAUACGAUCCAAAUGUAAAUUUGCCAAUUAACCCAUUUAUGCCUAGUGGACUCUACCAUCCUUCUAAAUUGGAUGAAUUUAUUUCCAAAAUAAGGGAUGUCUAGUAUAUUUGUUUCUAUAUUCAGAAUAUUUCUUACAGAAAUUCUUUUAAGCAAACAGCGCAGACCCUGAUGAGACGCCGCAUGAUGCGGCGUCUCAUCUGGGUCUACGCUGUUUGCCAAGGCCUUUUUUCUAGACGCUAGGCAUAAAUGGGUUAAGACCACCUGAAAGUCAAUUUUGCAAUGACCGAGAGAUGUUUUCAAAAUCAGCUUGGAAAUGUUGAAUAACAGAUUACAUCAUCCAUGGCAGUUUAUACUGUGAAAGUUAUGUUGUCACUUACCUUCUAAAAACCUUUUUUGAAUGAAUUCUGUUGUAUGUUAUUACAUGUUUUAAAAUAACAUCUCAAAUCUGCUGUAUGUUAUGACAUGUUUUAAAUAACAUCCGAAAUCUGUUAUGUGUUAUGACAUGUUUUAAAUAACAUCCGAAAUCUGUUGUAUGUUAUGACAUGUUUUAAAUAACAAGUACACCAUUGUAUACAUACAAGAAGAAAACUUGGCAUUUUUGUAAAAUUUUCAGUUGGAAAUAUAUAUUUUCACUGAGCCGUGCUUUUAUGAAUUCCUGUAGCCCUCAGUUAAAAAAGUGCGCUGAACUUAAGCUGAUUCAGCUUUAAAAAGAUUGAUCUGUUUGAUAUGUUUAACAUUUCAAUAAAAGAUACAAUAGUGUGUAACACUUUUACAAUCAAUUCAAGCCCCAACAUGUUGGUUGUGUCCGUACCAUGCAUAAUGUUUUAUUAUAUUUUUGUAUCAUAGGGGCAUUCAAUGAAAAUUGUUGUGCUUUCUUUUAUAAUUUCAGGUUUAUUUAUGUAGGUGCUUAUAAACUUAUUUGUACAUGGAAUGUGUAUACAUUGAUACAGACAAGCUUGUGUUCAAAGUUUAAGUAAAUAUUUGAUUCCAAGGUAUAUGUAGUAUAUAUACUUUUAUAUUAUGAAUUUGUUAAUAAUAUGUGCUGGUAGCUCACUUAUUAUGCCCGCGAAGGGUGACAUAGUUUUCAACUGUCAGUCCGUCUGUCUGUCAGUCUGUCAAUCCGUCUGAAAAAUUUAACAUUGGUCAUAACUUUUGCAAUAUUGAAGAUAGCAACUUGAUAUUUGGCAUGCAUGUGUAUGUCAUGGAGCUGCAAAUUUUGAGUGGUGAAAGGUCAAGGUCGUCCAUCAAGGUAAAAGGGCAAAGAUAUGGCGUCUGUCCCUCCGUCCGAAAACUUUAACAUGGGUCAUAACUUUUGCAAUAUUGAAGAUAGCAACUUGAUAUUUGGCAUGCAUGUGUAUCUCAUGGAGCUGCACAUUUUGAGUGGUGAAAGGUCAAGGUCAUCUCUCAAGAUCAAGGUCAUCCAGCAAGGUCAAAUGUCAAAUAUAAUACUUCAAAGCGGUGCAGAAGGGGGCAUUGUGUUUCUGACAAACACAUCUCUUGUUUAAUUUAAUUUGUUGCUAUAAAAUUGUAUGUUGAAGUAAUGACUUCAUAUUGUUAAAUGAUUUUUUUAUGCAGUUCAUAAGUGUCUAUUUCAUUAAUCGAAAUGUUUUUUUCUCCUGGUUAAAUGCUAGGAUGUUAUUUGCUGUAUGACUUCUUUAUAUGAUAAUUGAAAUGCAGAAAAUAAAAAAUGAAUAACCUUUGUGGCAUUGACACUUAAAACUUAAGACAUUUUUUUUACAAAUUGGACUGUUCAAUUUAAGAAUGAUAAAUUCAAGGCCUGUAAAGUCUUUUAUGGGGAAACGUGACCUUAUUUGCUGCAUUAUGCCUUUACAAACAUGAUCACAUGGUUGCAAAAUGUUUUGUUACUUUGAGGACAAGUAAGUCAAAAUGAGAUUCGGCUGUGAUCUUUGUUAGGCUGCAUUUAUAUUGCAUGUGGUGCACUGAUGAUUGUUAUACUUGCCACCUGCAAACAAAAGCUUUGUUGUGGGUCACACAGGGUUUGUGUUCUAUAAUUUAUGUAUUCAAUUGUAUUUUUUUUUUAUCAAUAUCUUUGUUAGUGUUUAAUACACUAUAUACUCAUUGUUACGGUUUAAAUGAUAUUUGAUUUCCUGCUGAAUGGAAGUGAACUGUUUGGGGCGAGAAUGAAAUAAAAUGUUAACAUGCA